AUGCUGUCCGUGAGCCACAGGUGUUCGGUGUCCGAUGUCCGGGAAAAACUUGCACUUACAGUCCUUCGGCUCCCAGUGGCCUGGGGAAGAACGGCUUCAUCACCGUGCUGGGCAUCACUUGCAAAGAAAGCUCCCCAAGCAGCCAGCUCUCUGGGAAUUAGACUCCCGCACCUUGCCUUGUCUCGAACGCUGACCGGCAGCUCCCGCCUGGCAGGACAAGCUCGGAACUCGCUUUCCCGGUCACGCCGCGCCCCUCACCGAACGCUGACCGGCAGCUCCCGCCUGGCAGGACAAGCUCGGAACUCGCUUUCCCGGUCACGCCGCGCCCCUCACGCCGGGCCGCCCCGCUCCGCCCAGCAGGGCCGCCCCGCUCCCAUUGAUACGUUAAUGUCUUCUGAAAAAGAAGAGGACCCAAAUGUUAUUCCUGAAGAUAGCAGUCUGCUCACUCUUCGAAUUAGAAAGAAGGCCUUAGAGAGGAGAGAAGAAAAAAUUAUUGUGGAUCGGGCUUGCAGACAAGAAACUCUUACCUAUGAGAUGGAGUCACAUGCAACUGGAAAGAGGCCAGACAAUCCAACAGAUCUAAUUGAGGAGGGAGAGCUACUUUUAACUCUGAACAUCUUUUAUCCUGUUAUAUUUCAGAAGCAUAAAGAUCACAAACCCUACCAAACAGUCCUUGUACUGGGCAGCCAGAAGCUCACUGAGCUGAGAGACUCGAUUUCCUGCGUCAGUGACCUCCAGAUAGGCGGUGAGUUCAGCAGUCAGCCAGAUCAAGCACCAGAGCACAUCAGCAAGGAUCUUUACAAAUCUGCUUUCUUCUACUUUGAAGGCAUCUUCUAUAAUGAUAAAAGAUACCCAGAAUGCAGAGAUCUGAGCAGAACAAUUAUAGAGUGGUCAGAAUCUCAUGACAGAGGCUAUGAAAAUUUUCGGUCUGUUAAGAUGGAGGACUAUGUAUUUAAUGAUUUAUUGCUCAAAAUUGGCUUUCCGUACCUUUACUGCCACCAAGGGAACUGUGAACACAUCAUUAUAAUCACAGAUAUAAGGCUCAUCCAUCAUGAUGACUGUCUGGAUAGGAAUCUAUAUCCCUUGCUAGUCAAGAAACAUUGGCUGUGUACCAGAAAAUGCUUUGUGUGCAAGAUGUAUACAGCAAGGUGGGUAACCAACAGAGACAGUCUGGCACCUGAGGAUCCUUGUUUCUUCUGUGAUGUUUGUUUUCGGAUGCUCCAUUACGAUGAAGAAGGCAAUAAACUGGGGGAGUUUCUUGCAUAUCCUUAUGUUGAUCCCGGGAUUUUCAAUUGAAACGGACACGUGCCAGGAUUAAUACAGUGAAUGACAUUGUUGAAUCUGUUGCUCUCGCUGUUAAAACCACUGGACAACUUGAGGUUUGAGCCUACUGCUGGGUUUCAGAUUAGGCAUGUAAUCCUUUCCUGUGAGCUGGAAUGAGCCCUUUGCACUUCAAGUCUAUCUAGUGUGUUUUUCUGAAUAAGUAUGAUUUUACAGAUAAGUUGGCAUGGAAAAAUAUAAUACUUUUACAACAUUACAGUUGUUUGGAUGCUAUGGAUUGUAAAACGUGAAUGUUUGAGAAUACCUGGCAAAAGAAACCAUGAUUUUGAGAUGCUCUGUGCGUCCAAGGCUCUGUAAACCUCUGAGGAUGAGAACAUGGUCUGUAUAUAUCUUACCUUGAAAACUCAGACAGUUGCCAUACUUGAAUAAAGGUGGAUGGCACUGAAUUUGCAGGGAGGAGAAUAUUUCUAGGAGAGAAGCUCAGAAUGCUGGUUAAACUCUUGGGUUUUUCCUACAAAUGAAAUCUUGCAUCUGAAGGCUUCUGCUGUCCCUGGUUCCUGACUCUGAGGACUGAUUCUGUAAAGAGAAAACUACAUUUCACCAUUACUGAAUUGUAGCCUGCCUUUUAAAUAAUUUUGUCAACUGUUUACAGUGUAUGCAGUGUUAAUUGUGCAUGUUUUUUAGUAUCAUUCUGUUAUUGUAAGUAAUGUUUUAUUUUAUUAAAUGUGGCGAUUUUAUUGUUCCUAGUCUCUUGUUAAACGGAAACUGUGUCAAGACAGAUACUCUCUUUUUUAAAAUCUUCUGGAAUUAAGAGGAUACUAGUGGCGAUCUUUGUUGUUUUGGGAAGUUAGCGCUAGCUGCUUUUCUUUUGAAAACUUCAGAUGGUUCUGGUUGGGGGAAGACAGCCUACUCUAAUCCACAUUCAGAAAAAUGACAAACUGAAUCCUGUUUAGGUCCUAUGGCUGCAGAUUCUGCCACUGCUGACUUGAUUAUCUUAGGUGUCUUGAAACAAAGGUAUCUGAAGCACUUGUAGGACUCCAUUGAUCACUCCCAUAUCUUACUGCUUUCUGGUGAUGCAUUAAGUCAUGUGAAUAUAAACCCAUGAUUUUUUUAGGAACAACAAAAAGAAGUGUUGAUUUUUUUUUCCUGACUUAUAAACCAGCCAGCUGUUGGCUUGUGUAUUUUAAUGAACCAACCACUUGUAAAAGCAGGUGGUGAUAGUCCGUCAGGAAUCUGCAGUAAAGGCAGUGCCCUGCCCAUCACAACUGUGGCAAGUCCAACUCUGGGGCUGGGCUGCUUUGUGGUGCUGCGGCAGGUGCUUUAAAGGUCCUCUACUAUACAGCUCUGGUUGCAUCUUCAGCAUUUGCAUCUCAAGUUGCUAGUCUUUAUCUUUCCCCUAUAUCGUCCCUUUUCAGCUGACUCCCAUAAAUAUACAGGUUUCCCAAUCCUCUUCAGUAUUGGAUGAAAGAUCAUACAGAGAGGUCUAAAAGUUCUAAAGCAGCAAUCAGUAGGUUUUUUUGUGGGGGCAUUUUUUUGUCUUUGGCUGUAGAGAGAAGGGAGUGGCAAAAUAUGAGCUUACUCUUUCAUUAAAUUAAUUUGCCUCAAAUAUGCUGUCUCUCAUACAACCCAUUUAUCUUCUUAAUUAGAAGUUAAGGUCAAAUAUAUUUCAAAAUUGGUGUCCCUGUGGAUUAAGAAAUUUUAGUGAGCCAGUCCCAUACUUCUAGUAAGGCUUAGAGAAGCUAGCCACAGUCUGGGUGUGGGAGUCAAGAGUGUUCAGCACUUAGCUACUAAACACAGAAGAAUCAUAUUAGAAGCUUGCUGUUUGUAUGGCAUGCAGUGAUUCAUCAUAAAUGACAAAUGGAACAAAAAGGUUACACUAAGUCAUAGAUUUUAAAGAUCCCAGAAACUCUCACAGGACAACUGGGUCUGGUCUUGAUUUGAUAAAUCUUUGUGAGUGAGUCCUCUGAGUGAAAUCAGCAUUGCAUACAGUGCCCAUUUAUAGCUAAAUUUCUAUGAAACCAGCUGGAUUUUUUUUAGCAACUUAUUAUAUGUUGUGAUUGUUUUGAUGAUG